AUGGCUACCACCACCGUCCGAGUCACGGAGCCCCGCAGUCUCACUGUCUGCGGGCAACGCACUCUGCCCGCCAUCGUUGAUGAAAGAGCCAUCUACGAGCCUGAAAAGACGUGUUUCUCGACGCCGUACACGUCGGAGCCUCGGGAUGGGUGGAGGAAAGUGUCGUACAAAGUCUUCGCGAACGCCAUCAACUAUGUUGCCCAUGUCAUUCUAGAGAACUGCGGUAGACCGGCCCCUGAUACCUUCCCGACGAUUGCCUACAUUGGCCCAAAUGACGCGAGAUACGCCAUCAUGAUGGUUGCCGCCAUCAAAGCAGGAUACAAGGCUCUGUUUGUGUCUCCACGGAACCCCAUCGAGGCACAGCUGAACCUUUUCAAAAUGUCCGACUGCCGAGUGGUGGCUCGCCCCCAGUCGCACCGGUCCGUCGCCGAGUUCUGGCUCCAGCACUGGGACAUGAAGCAGCUCGAGAUGGAGCCGCUUCACGACAUCUUGUCCAAGCCCGAGUUCCCCAACGUCCCCUACACAAAGACCGCGGCCGAGGCGGAGUGGGAUCCGUUUCUCGUCCUCCACACGAGUGGCAGCACGGGACUUCCAAAGCCCAUCGUCGUCAAGCACGGGUCCGUCGCUCUGUCGGACGCCCUCCACCUAAUGCCGGACUGGAACGGGGCGGAACCCGUAUCCAGGGUGAUGGAGAGGCUGGCAGAGAAGCACUUCAGCCCCAUGCCCAUGUUCCACGCCGGCGGCGUCUACGGAUUCAUGAGCACCGCCAUCCUAAGCGGCAAAGAAGUCAUCUACCCUCCUCCGGAACGUCCUCUGACGGCUGACCUCGCCAUCGAGGUCAUACAGGCGACGGGCGCAACGAGCGCGUCACUGCCUCCAUCACUCCUAGAAGAAAUGUGUCACCGCCCCGACCAAAUUGCGAUAAUGAAACGACUCAAUUUUGUCGGGUUUGGAGGAGGUCCUCUCAACAAGGAGGCUGGAGACAUCUUGUGGAGGAACGGGAUACAGCUGAUGAACAUUAUUGGCGCUACAGAAACCUUGCCCUUUUCUCUUUACUACCAGAAGAACUCUGAGCUUUGGCAAUACUUCAUCUACAACGAAGAGCUGUCCGGUCUCGAGUUCCGCAAGGCAACGUCGGAGGACAAUGUCUACGAGAUGGUCAUCACCAGGAAGUCGACCCAACUCCCGACCCAGGGCGUCUUCUACACGUUCCCCGACAAGGAGGAGUACCGGACGAGCGACCUGUACCAGCCUCAUCCGACGCUGCCACACCACUGGAAGUUCCACGGCCGCGCCGACAACAUCAUCAACCUGUCCAACGGCGAGAAGCUCAACCCCGUCCAGAUGGAGGAGAUCAUAAGCGGGAACCCGGCGGUGAAGGCCGCCAUCAUUGUCGGUGCUCAGAGGUUCCAGCCCGCCUUGAUCAUCGAGCCUUUCGUCCAGCCAAAGACUGCCGAGGAGACGGACGACCUGAUUGAUCGCAUCAUGCCGCAGGUUGCCGAGGCGAAUGCCACCAUUGCAACCCACGGCCGGAUCGUCAGACACCUGAUCACCGUCUCCAAGCCGGACAAGCCGUUCGUCAUGGCCGACAAGGGGGCCCUGAAGAGGAUGGCGACCGUCAGGCUCUACGCCGAGGAGAUUGAAGAGCUCUACGCCAACCCGAGAGAGAUCCCGCUCUCCAAAGUGCCGACCCUGGACUUGAGCUCCCGGGCCGCCCUCAGCAAGUCCAUCGAGAAUCUCCUCCGGGAGCACCUCGGCGUGCCGCAUCUGGAUUCCGACACGGACUUCUUCGCCGCGGGGAUGGAUUCCCUGCAGAUCAUCGCGGCCGCCCGGUUCAUCACGGCCAGCCUCCGAGCCACGGGUGAUCGCUGCGGCGGCGUGGUCAUCGAGGCCCGCGACAUCUACAGCCACGCGAGCCCGAUCCAGCUCGCCGGGCACAUCCUCGAGGCCGUCGCCCACGGCACGAGCCAGGGAAACGGCGAAGACGAGGCGCAGAGCCACAGGCUGAUGGACCAGCUGUACAGGACCAUGACGCAGGACCUGAUCCGCGCCAAGUCCGGCCGCCCCGAGCCGGCCAAGGAGCAGCAGACCGUCAUCCUCACCGGCUCGACGGGCAACAUGGGCUGCUACCUCCUCGACGAGUUGAUCCGCAACCCCCGCGUCAAGAAGGUUGUCUGCUUCAACAGGUCCGCCGACGGCGGCGCCGGGAAGCAGGCCAAGGCCAUGGAGGAGCGCGGCCUGCGGCAGCCCGCGGAGAGCGGCAAGGUCGAGUUCCUCCACACCAACCUGGCGCAGCCCAACAUGGGGCUCCCCGAGGCAGUCUACUCCCGGCUGCUCAGGGAGGCGGACCGCGUCGUCCACAACGCGUGGGCCGUGAACUUCAACAUGCCCCUCGAGGCCUUCCGGCCGCACAUCCAGGGGGUCCGCAAACUGGCCGACUUCGCGGCCGCGGCCGACAAGCGCGUCGUCGUCGUCUUCGUCUCGACCAUCGGCUCGACCAGCAAUUGGGACCCGAGCCGCGGCCCCGUGCCCGAGACCUCGUUGCGCGAGUACGGCCUCUCGGGGCUGGGCUACGGCCAGAGCAAGCUCAUCUCCAGCAUGGUCCUCGAGGACGCCGCCAAGGUCGGGGACUUCCCCCUCGCCAUCAUCCGCGUCGGACAGAUCGCGGGACCGCUCGCCGACGACGGCGCCUGGAGCCGCCAGGAAUGGCUUCCGUCCAUCGUCGCCAGCAGCCUCGUCCUCAAGGCCCUGCCCAGGCACCUGUCGGGAAUGAACGCGGUGGCCUGGGUCCCCGUCGAGACCAUGUCGAGGAUGAUCCUCGACAUCGGCGGCCUCACGGAGGAGUCGAGGGACUACCACGAGGGGUACUUCCACGGCUCCAACCCGUCCGUCACCCUCUUCGACCGGCUGGCCCCUUCGAUCCAGCGGUAUUACGGCAAGGACCGGCUUCCGGAGCUCAUCAGCUUCAAAGACUGGGUCGACAGGCUGGAGGCGAGCCGGACCUCCGCGGGCGCGCUCGGUGCCGAUCGCAACCCCGGGUUGAAGCUCGUGGACUUUUAUCGCGGUGCCGCGUCUUCUGGCGAAGACCUCCCGAGGACGAGAACCCACGAGACGCGGAGGACCGUCUCUUGCAGCCCCUCGUUGCGGUCGGUCCGACCCAUUACUCCCGAGUUGAUGGUUCACUGGUGCAAGCAGUGGAACUUCGAGGGCGCUCCGCAACGUGUUGGCCGGUUGUAG